AUGGUGCCGAACACAACACUGGUCAAGACGACGAUGAGCACGCAUUUCAACGGGACACUGGGUUGGAACUCCACAUUCCUGGUGCCAACGUUCAUAAGCCAAGAGGAGUUCUUGGCGCUGCAGAUGACAAACGCGUCAGAUGCGAACACGACGUCAGUGUCCAACGAUACCACGAUACCGGUUGUGUUAAAAACCUGGUAUCCGAGUGGUUAUUCGCCCGCUCACAUAAUAAUAGCGUCAGUGGUGGUGACAGUGUUAAUGAUAAUGGUGGUAGUUGGGAAUAUGUUGGUGAUAAUUGCGAUUGUGACAGAGAAAGCGUUGAAGAAUAUACAGAAUUGGUUCAUUGCCUCGUUAGCGGUGUCGGACUUUUUCCUAGGGCUGGUGAUAAUGCCGUUUUCUUUGGCGAACGAGCUGAUGGGGUACUGGAUUUUUGGGUUCUGGUGGUGUGAGAUACACUCGGCGAUGGACGUGCUGCUGUGCACCGCGUCUAUUAUGAACCUGUGCCUCAUAUCGCUGGACCGCUAUUGGAGUAUCACUCAGGCGGUGGAUUACCUAAAAAAGCGGACGCCUGCGCGCGCGGCGCUCAUGAUCGCCGCCGUGUGGCUGAUGAGCGCGCUCGUGUGCAUCCCGCCGCUGCUCGGCUGGCGCGUCACCAGGCCCAUGGAGCAGUUCCCGCAGUGCAAGGGUUUGAAAUACUUACCAAUCGUAACACCGUGUCGCCCGCUUGCCGCCGGCGAUCGCUUCCUGUGCUCUACGGACAACCAGGCUCUACAUAACGAGCCUACCUGCGUGGAACAGCUGAUGAGGUUCAGUAAGGACCUUACCUCCUGCAAGCAGCACCAGAUCCAGCUGGAAGAAGUAAAACUCCAGCAGCUCAACGCGAACAACUGGAUUCUGUACAGCAGACUGAAAGCCACGCUGACCAAACACUGCGACAGCGAAGUCAGUAAGCAGUCAGUCUUCGGCACGUACAUCAUCACCAUCGAUGAGCCCUGUGACCUGGAAAUCCAUGGCCUGCAGAUCCACCAUCGACUCUACAUUUCAUCAGACAUCGUAGAACACGUUGACAUUACUGUGAAUAAAACUAAGUUGUACAUUACUGUACAUACAUACAAUGCGCGCGGCUGCCAGGCGGCGACUGGCGCUCUGACUGCGCAGGAGCCGACGUCGACCGGCUAG